UUGAUUUUUGUUCCGGUGUUGAGUCGAGAAAAUACAAUGGCAGCAAAUACUGUAGCUGUUGUGGGUUUUACUAUUCUGUCUGUCCUGGCGUUCAUUGUUUCUACUGGAAUUUCAAUCCUUACAACAAUACCAAAUAAUGGGAUUUUCAACAACAGCAUGGAAAAUCUGUCUCUCAAAUAUACAACUGACAUAACCCCUGAAAAAUAUGCUUUCUCCAUCUGGGGUUUGAUCUUUCUCUUUCAGUUGGCCUGGAUUGGUUAUGCAUUGAGUUGCAUGUGCAGGAGAAAUAAAGAUGGAAUGGUGCUUACAAAUCCAUCGGUAUUGCCAGUUUCAUUUCACAUCUGUUGGAUAAUAUCAAGCGCUGCAAUUAGUUUGUGGAAUUUUUAUUUCUUCGAUGAACAAAUGCUGUUUGCUGCUUUGUGUUUGGUCGUGACAACAGUUUUUGGAUUCUCUGCUCUGGGUAUUAAUGUCUGUGCCACCGCUAGUAAUGAAAGGCGCAUCCCGAGAAGUGAUCUGAUUUGCAUUCGUGUGCUUAUCCAAAACGGUAUUGACCUGUAUUUCUCCUGGUGCACUUUUGCUACUCUUAUAAGCAUAUCUGUUGCCUUGACCUAUGACCCUAAAGUGCCACGUAAUUACUCUCAAGAAGAUUCUGGAACAUUCUGUUUGUACGCGCUUGGAAUAGUCAUAAUUGCUUGGUCAAUCCUGGAGAAUACAAAGCUGUAUCGAUAUUGCAGAUAUGUUUACGCAUGGUACUUCGUUCUCCUGUGGGCCUUAAGUGGAAUCAUCGUUCGAAAUCAUGAUGUUAGUAAGAAGAAUACCAUAAUCACCAUCACUCUUCUUUGUCUCUCGGUUGUUGCUCUUAUCGCCAAAAUCACUGUUUACUGUUUGUCGGCUCCAACAUCUUACAAAAGGGUAAAGAAAUAUCAACUUUUGGAAGAGUAGUAUCACUAAAUAUGAACCGAUUUGAUCUCUGGAAGUUUAUGGAAAAAGGAAAUAUACUUUGUUAAUAAUGCAGUAUAGAUUUGUAUAUCAUAAUUAAGCUAUUUACGUUCAAAAAAUAAUCAGAUGUAAAAUUAGAUCAAUGUACUUUGUUAAUUAUGCAGUGAAGCUUUGUAAAUCAUAAUUGUAGCUACUUAAAUUGUAGAUUUAAAAUGUAUUUAGGGUUCUAAAAAAAAAUCAAAUGUAACAAUCAAUUUUAUGAAGUACCGUACCAGAUAUUCUAAUAUUGUACUUUUAAAACAAAGGGAAUUAGAAAUAUAAAUGUUUUUGCAUAAAUUCGACUUCAAUCUUUGUUUGGUAUAAUGAGAAAAUUGAAAAUUAAUUGGAAGAGAUUUGUCUGUGUGUGAUACCAACUGCUUAUCUUUAUCACUGAUGCAGAAUUGAUUAUAAUCCUUAUUUAUAUUACCAAAGAUAUCUGUUAUGAUGGAUGCCAUAUUUAUUCAGAAUCUCAACAUUCCAAAUUUCAACAUUGUUUUGUCAACUUUUUCUUGUACCGCAGUCUUGCAUUUCUAUUUAUGUGGAUUUUCGUUAAUUUGAUGUUUGUUAUGAUGGGUAUGUCCACUCAUACACAAUGCAGAAAAAACAUUUAGCUAAAUAGAAUACUAGAAGUCUUAUUAUUAAAGUUAUGUAAAAUAAGGUCUGCCAUUCCUAGUAUUUUUAUUUCUGCUAUACUAUUUCAUCCAUUUUUUCAGCAGAAUUUCAAUAUGUAACAAAUUUUAUAUAGUAUGGUAUGGCUAUAAGGCUAAAGAUAAAAUCUGUAGAAACAUCAAAUUUCUAUUGUUUGAACUCAUGUUACUACAUUGCAUGUCGAUAGUUUAAAGUUCUAAUUUCAAAAAUGACUAUUUCUGGAAUUGUAAUAUAUAUAGGUAUCAUAAUUUUUUUAUUUCAUAUUAGUUCUUCAAUGUAUUUCUCUACUAAACCGGAUGUUAAUAACAGGACACAAAUUUUACUGGCAUUUUUAUAUACUUCUGAAUACACACAAAGUAUCGUAGUCAUAUAAUUUUGAAGUCUGAAUCUUCCAGUCUUAUUCAUUCUUUUCUUUCAUGGUCAAUGGAGCAUAGUUAGUACCCAGGAUAUUAAUUCAUGUGUAUCGCCAUACGCCCUUGUUGGUUUAUGGUUGAUCAAUUUUUCAAAGAGUAAAAGUUGAGCAAAGGAUUCAUUCUGGUACAUACCGGUAGUAGUUAUCAUGUUUAGAAAUGAAAGUUUUUUUUGCACAUUCAGACGUCAAUGCACACUGUUUUUCUUCUAUUUAUAUUUUUUGCGAGUAUUUCAAAUGGUACUAUUUUGGUAGUCAUAAACACAACUUUAUCAACGCCCUUUCUCAACGCCCUUUCCCUUUUUGGGUUUCGAUUGAAACAAGUGUGUAUUAAAUAUGCGUCUUAUUCUGCAAUUUCGAAAUGCACCCACUUUAUCCAUGGUUCGUUACCAUUGGCCUCUUCAAAAACUUUCCAUCAAUUCAGCAAUGUAGUAUAACCUAUUGCCCUGCUAUGGUCGGCUUUCAAAUUUCACCGUUUCUUCAGUUUUUGUUAUUAGUUCAGUUCAUUGUGUCUGUUCUUUCUUUUUGUUGAAGUAGUAUAGUAUAAUAUAUAUGUUGCAGCAGA